AUGUCAAGUUUAGAAGAAAAAAAGAACAUAGACGAAGAGCAGCAACUUUCGAAAAAAAAAGAUGAUAUACAUGAAUCCUUAGACAAAGACAACAAGAAGAAUAUAUUGAACAAACGUAGAGGGCAAAAGAAAAGAAGAUUUUCGACUACUGAUGUAGAAGACCAGCGCAUCAAAACUGAUACUGAUGGGACAUAUUCAGCUGAAAUAAAAGAUGAGCCGAAGCUUUCUGAAGUAGAUGAUGAUAUAUGUAAUACAAUCAUCAACAAUGAGUCAUCAGACACGGAUGAGGAGGACUAUAUAAUGACUAAAUGUAAAGUUCAAAAAAGAGAUGUUGAAAUAAAAGUUGAAGAAGAACAUUCUGAAACAGAUGAUGAUUCAUGUCACUCUGAUACAAAUGAUGAUGAUGAUUCAACCUCUAAUACGGAUAAUAAACGUAGUGGAAAAUUGUGUAGAUCCGAUAGCGAUAAUGAUGAUGAUGAUAGUUUUGCUGCUUCUGAUGAUAAUAUUUUCGCUGCUUCUGGUGAUAGUUUAGCUUCUUCUUAUGAGAUACAAGGAGAACAGCCACUUUCUGAUUCAGAUACUAGUUGUAUAACUUACAGUGGUUAUAUUUCGCCUAAUGAAUCUUACAGAGAAUUUAAUUUUUCAGAUUAA